AUGUUGGUGCUGAUUGGUCUGCUUGGUGUCUGGCCGUGUCUGGUUUUGGGCACGCACGGGCCUGAUGGUUUUUCAGAAGUUUUCACUAUGCCCGGAGCGAGCUUCAAGUUGGAAUUGCACGGUCCUGGCAUCACGUCAAAGGAUCGCGCAAUCAUCCGAGAAGCUGGCACAGAAUGCCCAGGACGUUCCGACAAAGCGGACUCCAAUGCAAGAAAGAAUUCUAUUUCAGUUGCUACCUAUGUGUAUCAUGCUCAAGGUGCCUAUGAGCCAUCACCCUUGGUGCACAGUGGGCCCAAUGUUGCUUCUGCUAACUUUCCGGGAUGGCUCACAGCAAGCUGGUAUCCAGUGCAGCUGCGGAUGGCCGGCAGUUCUCGAAUUUGUUAUUGUGCAGCGCGUGCUGAAGAAGAGGCUGGAAGCCCCAUGCUGAACCCCAACGAAUCUCCUUGUGACUUGGACUAUGCUGUCUACAGGUUGGUUGGCGCAGCUUAUGCCAUGGGAAUCAAGCAUUCCACUUCGAUUGGCGCUUGCAUGGUCUUGAGUGAUGGCACACUUCAGGAAAACUGUCAGCUCACCAUCCACGCAGAUCGUGGAGGCCUUUCGGCCGAAGACAGCGCUGACCUGGUCUCAGGCGAUCCAGCGCAAAUCUGCGGAGAGGCGCCUGCUGGAACCACCUUGCAACCCAGGCAAGGAGAUGCCUUUGCUUGGACUUUCCAAGUACCUUCAGGUGCCACAGUGGAAAAUUGGCAUGCCACGACUUCAGAGUUAGGAACCCAACAUGUCUUGAAGGUCUGCUACUGUGUCAAGCCCAGCGCUUCCAGCGGAACAAGUAUUUGCGCUCUCUCAGAUUGGCAGAAUGCAGGCAUGCUUUCGCUGGUGGGUUUUUCUGGAAGCCCCGCAGAAGUGCACUGCUAUCGAGGACAGAGGUGUCGCCUUGGACGUCCUGCCUUCGGGAUGAGUAAGGGAGAUGCUGUGCUGGCAGUGCCUGGCAAUUCCACCUGUUCAAAUGUGGAGUCAUUGCAAUUCGGAGCAUCCACACCCAUCAGCGUGCUGGGUGGGGGAACAGCUGUAGCCCACAUCGACGUCAAAAAUUAUGUGGAUAAUUUGGCCACCGUUUGCUUCUGCUCCGCCGCGGUGAGCGGGAUUUUUGGAUGCCAGAAUGCCCAGGGCAGGGCCUUUAGCAUGCUGAUGGGCUAUGUGCGAUCUGGUGGUUUGGAAGCUGGAGUGAGGAUGGAUUGCAUCCCAACGUCUUCCUCCUGUCCUUCUACGCCGUUCUACCUGCAGGGAGACGAUGCAGCUGUGGCCCGUCGGGGGAAGCUCUUUUUGGCGGAGCUGAAAUAUCGACCAUGCGAGGACUUGACAUCUGCAGAUGUCCAACAAGCACGCUUCGAAGACACUGGCGAGUCUGUGCGUGUGGAAAUGCCUUGGCCAAUCCGUUCAGGCCGCUACGCCGUUUGCUUUUGUGAGGAUUCGCUGGGCUGUCCACAGGUGCACCAACAGACCACACUGCAGCAUGUGGGUGAGUUGAGAGUUCUUGGCGCUAUAACAUCGGUGGAACUGAGUACCCAACCGGGAUUCUCGACGGUGCCCUUGAAGGUAAGGAUUGAGGAGCCUGCCACUGGAAUCCGGUGCUGUGCUGAUGCUCAGGGCAUCAAUAUCGAUUGUGUGGAUUUGCAAGCUUCAGCCACCCCUGGUGAGUUCUUGUCCUCUCCGGGCACCUUCCGCUUUCCCUUGGUGCUGCAAGAACCCUUGGAGAUAAGCGACGACCCACUGAACGUCAACGUCUCCUGCGCUGCCAUGGGAGAGAGCGGGCUUUGUGCUCAGAACGGGACUGGGCCGGAGCUGGGCACCUUUCCUUGUCGACAGGUAGAGCCUCUCCAGGUGCAGCUGAAAGCACAGCCCUUGGCCUGGAAGCCCCCUUGGCGGAUACCUGUUAAUAGCACACUGGGCUUGGAGGCCUUGGCAGAACCCGCGGGCUAUGCCUCGCAGCUUAAGGCCGUGGAAGAUGAGGAAACCGCGCCAUCAGGAAUUUGCAAGACGCUUUCAUCCCAGCAUUUCCACAGCUUGCCUUGCAAGGGCACGGAAUGCGUGGAUCAGGACUUUGCUCGGGGCCAGGUGCCGGGCCACUAUGAGCUUUGCGUUUGUGAGGCUGAAGCUGUUCCCAUGUCCCUCAUAUGUCAGGGAUGGCACCACUUGGGCCAUUUAGAGGUAUUUGGACCUUUACAACUCAAACAUGCCUUGCAUGGAAGCGUGGGAGAAGCCAUGCACAUCGAUUUGGAUGGCCUGGGCUUCAGUAGUGGGGACAGCUUGGUGAGUGUGCCCUUGGAUUCAGAGCUGAUGAGACCAGAGACGGCCUGCAUUGGCGAGGGACGAAUUCUUGCACCGCUAAGCACCGUGCACAGCCCUCAUGAAUGGAGUACAAGCUCACUGCAUUUCAUUGCAACGCUUUCUGAAGGGACUCAUGCAUUAUGCUGGCUCCCACCAGGCAAUGGGCAGCUGCCCUACUACUUGGGUUUUGCUGAGAUCUUUGGUGAACGCAUAACCAUCGCUGGAUGUCUCGUAACCCCUUGGGAGCUUCUCCAGCCUUGCUCUGCUGAGUGCGGUGCUGGGCGGGAGAUUUGGUACCGACGCGUCCUGGGUGUUGUGGAGGCCGGAGCAGAUUGCUCAACCUUUGAGGAGGAUCGUUUCUGUAUGAAGCCUGCUUGCCCAGCAGUGGUCUCCAGCUGGAGGAGCUCUCCGGCAGAACCGCAGGCCAGUGACGCCAUGGAGUUGCGAAUCGUUGGGGUGAACCUUACGAACAACUUGCACGGCGUUCUGGUUCUGAAUGAUGGGAGCGCGACUUCGGACCAACAAGGCCUUUGUCGCUAUGACUCUCAUGUUGCGGCCAUGGCCAAGUGUUCAGGUAAUUCUGAUGAGAAGGUGUGCAGCUUUCCCAGAUCACCCUCACAGGGUAGUUACCAAGUUUGCCUUUGCAUGGCUGAUGGCCCAAAGUGCCAGGCCUUUUUGCCAGCAUUGGGAAAUUUGCAAAUUUUGGGCGUCCAGGUGUUGGAAGAUGAGAGCAUUGCAGGCCCUAUAUUGAUUUGCCUCUCCAUCUUGCUCAUCAUGGCCUUGGUUCCUUUGCUACUGUUUCCCCGCCUGAGGAAAAGGCUGUGGAUCAGGCUGACUGGAAUGCUUCGAAAGCUCUGCCGCCGCAACUCAAAAGUUUUGAAAGUCAUGGCCCUCCCGACAAAGUCUGCCACCGCAUCUGAAGCUGAAGAGGACCAGACCCACGAGGAGAAACAGAUUGACAAGGACUUCGAUGACAAGGUCAGCUCAACCUUACAGCCAGAGGAGGAACCCGAAGAACCAAUGUCGGACAGCCCCCGGGGUGCCAAAAUACCUGUGUGUAGAGGUGACCGAAGUGACCAGGAAUCCAGUGUGGCAAGCGGGGAUGAUAACCCGCCUCACCCUGACGUGCCUGACGUGCCCGAGCCGGACGUUGAUGGGUGCAAGACACCAGAAGACCUGGCAAAGGAACCGAAGGAACGGAUCCCUGAAAUAGAGGUGAUCCCAGAACCAGAGCCACUCAAAAAGUCUACCGCAGUGCAGGAGGAGCAGAAAGAGGCUGUGCAAGAGGAGGCAGAGGAGGCUGGAGUGUCUAUCAAGGAGAAGGCGAAUGCCAAGCUUCCAAUCCCCAGACCCUUGCCUCCUCCACCGCUACGAUCUCCUCCGCGGCGGCUGCCAAGCUUACCUUUGAGCCCUAAUCGCAGCCCUGUAAGCCCCGCAGCUAUGGAGGCCUUGUCGAGAGCGACCAUGAUUUUGGAAGGCAAGAAUGAGGAUGGGGAACGCAAGCUGGGGAAGUACAGUGCCAGUAUCAAGGCUUUGUCGACACACAUGGCGGGCCAAGAUGCGACGCUCCUGUCCCAAGAACUGGUCAAGGCCGAAGCUGCGGGUGUUGGAGCAGAGCUCUUGGAGAAAGCUGCUGAAAAGCUCAGAGAGCUCCAAGAAACUGAGACUCCAAGAGCUGAUGACGAAGAUGAAGAGGGUGCCGGAAUUGGAGUAGAAUCUGAAGAAAACCAAGCUGAGACACCCCAGGAAGUGGAGGAUGAGUCUGCAGCAGACCCUGAAGCAGAUGAAGCUGAAACACUGGAGGAAGCAGCUGAGGUCAAGGAUUCUGUUGUCCCAACAAAGCUUGAAGCAGAUGCAGACGGAAAGGAGGUGAAAGGAGCUGAGCUUGGCGCAGCCAGCGCAGCCAAGACCUUGAAGGAAGCAGGUGGUUCUCUCGUGGAUGCCGACACUGAGGUCAAGAGCGAAGGUGAGGUGAAAGAGCUUCCAGCAGCUGGCGAGACACCGAAGGGAGUGCAUGACACUCCUUUACCAAGCGAUGACGCCGAAGCAGCUGUUCAGGUGACCAAAGUUGAGAUCUUGAAGACAACAAGCGGUUCCCUGGUGGAUGCUGAUGCAGAGGUGAAGAGCGACGGUGAGGACAAUCCUCCAGAUGCCGACGAGACGGCCAAGGGAGCACAUGAUGAUGAUUCAGCUGUGGAGGCCAAAGAUUCUGAUGCUCCAGCAAAGCCUGAACCAGAUGACGAGACAGAAGAGGUGACCAAAGUUGAGAUCUUGAAGACAACAAGCGGUUCCCUGGUGGAUGCUGGUGCAGAGGUGAAGAGCGACGGUGAGGACAAUCCUCCAGAUGCCGACGAGACGGCCAAGGGAGCACAUGAUGAUGAUUCAGCUGUGGAGGCUGUGCUGUUUGUGCUGAAAGUUGAACUUUCUUCUACGAGGCUUCUUCUUCGGCAGUUCCUUUUGCAAAGAGAGUUGCUGUUGAUGGUGGUUUGCAACAUUCUGGUCAAGCAUGUGAUGGCGAUGUGCAGGCCCUUCACUGGCAGCUCGAUGAUGCGCGGGCAUCCUGGCGAGGACCCCUUCUCGCUCCCCAAACGCCCAGAACGGCCUCAGCGGCCGGAACUUGGCAACGGAGUGCCCAAGGAGAAGAAGAAGAGCACGCCGAUCCGCCCAUCCUUGAUGGGUUCAACCUUGAUUGAUGGAGGGACAUUGAUGUUGUGGAAGUUCAGCCGCGCGAAGCUUCCCAGAGCGGCCCCGGUCUGCCGCAGCACGGCCGACCUCAGCGAAGCGAGCGCAGAGGGGGCAAUGAAGCGAGGCGCCUUGCACGGUCUCUUGGAUGACAUCGUGAAGGUGGUGCGAGCGCAUGUGGGCGAGGCAUUGGAUCUGCACUGUCCAAGCAAAGGCUCGGCUGUGACCAUUGGGUGGGGGAGCACAAGAUGACCCUUUUUCAUCCUUUUUCAUCAAAACAGUGCCCACGAUGGCGUGGAAGGUGCUUAGUAUUUUUCUCACAGCCUUGGGGAGCCCUCUUGCACACCCUCAAACGCGCAAAAGGUAGAUAGACUUCCCGUGGCCCAGGCGUCCUCAUUUGAUUCGAGAGCUUCUAUAGCCUGGCUUCUAUGGCUUUCACCACUUCGGUCCAGGAAGCAACCUCAUAGUGUCAUAGAUGCUAACCCCCCACACUUAUACAUGAUAUAUAACUAUAUAUGAUCUCAUGACCCCAUGAUUAAUCACAGAGUCAGUUGUAAUUUUCACCGUAGCAUUGGGGCUUAAGAAAGAGGGUGAAUGGGAGAGGGGGGCCAGCCCCCCCCCUCCCAGUGUGUGACCGGUGUCGGCACUUUGUAGUGCGAGACACCUCGGUUACGAC